AUGUUUACCUUCGCUAUUCUCCUUCUCUGCGUGCAGGGCUGCCUGAUCCAAAAUGCGUACGGUCAGUGCUGUGGCUGUGGAUGCGGUGGUGGUUGCGGUUGCGGUUGCUAUGGCGGCGAGGGCGACGGUAAUGUGAACGUCUGCGGUGAACUGCCCGUCUGUGGUGAAACCUGUGUCUGUGGCCGCGUGCCCAUCUGCGGUAGUGUUUGCUACGGGGGCCCUGCCUGUGCUAGUGGCUGUGUCUCUAUCUGUGGACGUUGCUGCGGAUGCGGAUGCGGCUGUGGAGGCUGCGGUGGAUGCGGGUGUGGCUGUGGAGGCUGUGGAGGCUGCGGUGGAUGCGGAUGCGGCUGCGGAGGAUGCGGAUGCGGACGUAGAUGUUGUUGCUGCUAA